GCGUUACAUACAGCCUUAGGCGGGUGCUGUGGGCACUCCUUUCCCCUGCAUAUAUUCGAUACAUGCGGUACCGAAUCCAUUCUUUGCCUUCGGAUCGUGUGCUCCUCACGUCAUUGCCUCCGGCCCCGCUUCGGAAAGGGCUGGCAAUCCUUCCUGCGCAUCCUGCUGCUCCCAGGAUUCGCCCGGCUGAGCUGUUCUCCCAGACAAGUGGAGCACAAAGGUCGCUGGCCUAGCGUGUCACACCAGGUUGGCCCAAGCGCGGGAGAGGCGGGCUGAGCUCCGUGAGAGGUGCAGCAGAACCCCCGCUGCUCCGGGGGAGCCCGGCUGCGUGGAUUUCGUGUACGCCAGUCGUGGGAAGGCGCCUCGCUGCUUUCUGCGAGGUGUUCCAGCUCUUUUCAGCGGGGGAGGAAGGUGUAGGUGACUUUCUCGGUACAGAAGGCCUUUUCAAAAGAAUAACGCAGUGAGAGAAAAGGCAGAGCCUGGCAUUUGUGUCAGUGACGCCCUGGAGGAAGCUGUUGCGCGGUGCCUUAAUGGAUCUAAAAGAGAGACGUUCAAUCCCCUCGGGCACAGCACGGGACACGCCUGUGCGUGUUUCUAAAAGGAGUCGUGAAAGCGGGAACAUUUGGCUUUCACAAUCCGCCCUGGAGAGGACGGAGGGAUUUCCCCCCUGUGGCCCCGCCGCCGGCAGGGGGCGCCCCGCGCCCGCGCUCGCCCAGCGCCCUCAGGGCCAGGGCCGGGUCGGGCUGUGCCGGGAACAACUGCGGGACUGGAUCUUUCCUGUUCGCUGCCCAUCCGCAUCAGGAGUGCUAGGGAAGAGCCGAGGAGCCUGGAGGGGUAUAGUCCUCAUCACUGAAGGAACAGCACAGGAAAUGUGUGUAAUGCUAACAGCUGAGAGGAACAUGCUCCAUAUCAGCAGCAAUUAAAACGGAUAGGCAGCAGCAUUGGAACCAUGGGGUGCAACAGAUCUGUACCUGACAGAAGGUCAGAGAGAGUCAUUAAAGCUGCCAUCCUCAUCCAGAAGUGGUACCGCGCAACAAUGGCCCGGAUAGAGAUGAGGCGCCGCUGUUCUCUGAGUAUCUUCCGGUCAAUCGAAUAUGCUGAUGAACAAGAUCAACUACAGCUGUCCAAGUUUUUUUCAUUCAUGCUGGAUCACUAUACUAAUCUUGAUUCAGUCUCUCCCAUUUCCACCAGCCCUAGUGAUCCUCAGGUGGUGUAUGAAUGCUUACAUAUAACAGAAUUUGAAGAGAAAAUGGAUGUUCCAGACUCAUAUUAUGGGCCACGACUCUCAUUCCCCCUUACUGUUGGAGAUGCCAAUGCUCUUAUUCAUGCUUUCAGGAAUAAACAGCGGCUUCAUCCCCACUAUGUACUGCAGCUACUAUGUGAAACCAGGAGAGUUCUCAAGUUGAUGCCAAAUAUCACCCAUCUUUCAACUUCCUACUCCAAGGAUAUAACUGUCUGUGGAGAUUUGCAUGGAAACCUGGAUGAUCUUUUGCUGAUAUUCUAUAAGAAUGGCGUGCCUUCAGAACAAAACCGUUAUGUCUUUAAUGGUGAUUAUGUUGACAGAGGGAAAAAUUCUAUGGAAAUACUUAUAAUCUUAUUUGCAUUUUUUCUUAUCUACCCCAAUAAUAUAUCCUUGAAUAGAGGAAACCAUGAAGACUACCUGAUGAACAUGAGAUAUGGCUUCACAAAAGAAGUUUCGAAUAAGUACAAGGAGCACAGCACACAGAUUUUGUAUCUUCUGCAAGAUGUCUUCAGCUGGCUACCCCUUGCCACUAUAAUUGAUAACAAAGUUCUCAUCCUACACGGAGGGAUUUCAGACACCACAGAUUUGGAUAUCCUGAAGGCACUUGAAAGAAAUAAGUUGAAAUCUUUGCUACGGCCACCCAAGUCAGUGGGAGGCAGACACGACCAGAAGGAGGGAAUUUCCACAACUGGCCUCAGUAAACACACUGCCAGUCAGCAUCAUCCUGGGAAGAUGCAGCUUGACUCUUCAUUGGGCUCCACUGAGCCUUCAGGCUCAAAUUUGCCUGCAGGCCCCACCCAGGAGGAAUGGAAACAAAUGCUUGACAUUCUCUGGAGUGACCCAAGAAGCCAGAAUGGUUGUAAACCAAACAAGAGUCGAGGAGCAGGUUGUUACUUUGGUGCUGAUGUCACUGCCAAGAUCUUUCAAAGGUAUAAGCUGAAGAUUCUCAUCAGGUCUCAUGAAUUUAAGCGGGAAGGUUAUGACAUCAGUCAUGGUGGGAAGGUUAUCACUAUCUUUUCUGCCUCUAACUAUUACGAAGAGGGGAGUAACCGGGGAGCAUACGUCAAACUGGACCCUGCACUAAUUCCUCGGUUUGUACAGUUUCAAUCCAGCAAGUACACACGCAGGCUGAGUAUUCUGGAGAGGGUGGGUACAAUUGAAUCAUCUGCCUUAAAGUCCUUACAAGAGCUGAUUUAUGCUCAUAGGUCUGAACUCAUUUGUGCUUUUGCACAAUAUGACCUCAAUGGCACAGGCUGCAUUUCUGUCCCUGACUGGGCUGCAGCAAUGGAGUCUGUCCUACAGCUGGAACUGCCCUGGAGGAUGCUGCGGCCUCGGUUAGCACAGAUGAACCCAGAUGGACAAGUUGACUUCAUGUCAUGUUUUUAUGAUUUGAAAAUGGAUCCACCUAUAAAAGAGGCUCAGCCAGCUUUGGUGGAAACAUUGUGCAGAUACAGAAAGGAUUUGGAGAUCAUCUUUAACAUCAUUAACAAAGAUCACUCGGGUCUGAUUUCUCUUGAGGAGUUCAGCCAGACAUGGAGACUCUUCACCUCUCACCUGGGCAUUGAUGUACAGGAUGACUCCCUUGACAAAUUAGUCCUGAGUAUAGACCACAACAAAGAUGGCCACAUUGACUUCAAUGAAUUUUUAGAGGCCUUUCACUUUGUUCACAGAUUCGAGGAAAAGGCAAACUCGUGAAAAGGCAGAACUUGUGAGCUGUCUUGGAAGCUCACCUUCCUGUUCUUAGUCAUAAAAGGGCUGCUCGAUACAACAUGAUACGAUAUGCACUGAGGUCACCGUGUAAGCCUUUAUGUAGUCCCUCUUGGAUGAUAUGUAGCUGCAAUUAAUGAGACAGAAGAGAUGAAAACGCACUUCUUACAGCAUUGCUGUGUCACUGCCACACACUGCCAGUACCCUACAAUUUACCCUCCCCCAUGUCCCCCAUUAAUCUAAUCUCUGAACACUGCCAAGGUCACACCUUCGAUAGUGUAGGAAGAGACUUGGGUUUAUUUCUCUCAGUGGUCCUUGGCAACAGCUGAGAGCACUGGUGACCACAAGGAACAUAUCAGACCCUCCUUGGUUAUGAAACAGGCACAAGAGACGCUGACUAUGGAGUGUCCGGUGCAGGAAAGGAAACCAAGGAAGAACCAUCUUGUUAAAAUAGGUGGUUCUGCAUUUAAAUUUGCUCUUUGCGUGAUGGAGUGGAACUAAAUCAUUCCAGGUCACUGUCUAUCCAAAGUUUACAGACACAACUUACAGGAUCUUGGUUGAAAGGUGUUUACACUUGUGCUAAGUUUCCUCUUACGACUGGUAACUUUUUGCCACAUUUGUUGGAAUUUGGAGCUAAGAAACAGUCAUAACUCAUCACCUUAAUGAAGACUAAAUCCAUAGCAUGUUUAUGUAACAUACAAAAGAUCACAAAAUAAAGCUUUAGCUUUCUGAGUAACGUCU